AUGGGAGGCAACGACCCAGACCCAGAAGUUGUGGAAGAAAACCAACAACAACCUGCACUAGCAGGCAAUGCUGAUGAAGCCGCGCAAGCCAAUCAACAAGACGGACAACAGGCCAACCCUCCGGUUCCCGAUCUCCUAAACAACUUGAUCGCAGCAGCAGCCGUCGCGACAAACCCAUUCAAUCAACAAGGUCCGCAACAAGGUCCGCAACAAGGUCCGCAACAAGGUCCGCAACAAGGUCCGCAACACGGUCCACAACAAGGUCCGCAACAAGGUCAGAAUGUCGCCGGUCAACCGCAAGGUGGAACCAACAAUGCUGCGAAUCUACUAGGGCAGCUAUUGGCUCAUCCACAAGGAAUGAAUCUACUAGGUCAGCUCAUCACAAGUGCGACCAAUCCAAAUGCGACCAAUCCGACUACCCAUACUCCCCAAUAUGGAGCUUUUCCAUCGACUUCAGGAACUACUCCUAUCGACAUUGGAACUUCCUACGGCAUCAAACAGUACUCAAAGGCAGUCGAUUCGCUCUACUCUAGUUGUGAAGACAAGUUCGAUUUGCAACCAGCAAGACCACUAAAUUUUAUCGAGAGAAUCCAAACUAGAGCCCUUGAGGCGGGAUGGACCAUCAUCUUCCAGGUUCAAAACUCUGCAAGAAAUAACGCUACUGACGACUUCCCGCAACUUCAUGGACAGAUCUCUAUUGAAGAUGUUUGA